AUGAGCCAGGGCCACAACAGUCUGAGCAGUACUGUGUUAUUGGGUAGUUAUGUGGUUGUUGGCAGACAGGCUCAGAAACUGGGCCUGUCCACAAACGUUAGCCGUGGUCUGUGGAGCGUUUUCACUUUAGGGGGAGCUGGCACAAAAACAGGGCUUGAACAGGACCACAACCAUUUACCGUUAUCCAAUCAGAGCCUUUUGCUGCUGCUGGUCCUGGCCAAUCUCACAGAUGGACCUGAUUUCCCCAACCCGUACAGACAGGCCAUUACCUGCUUCAGAAACACACAAGACACGUCAGCGUCCCCUGUGGAGCAGCCGCACACCUUUCAGAUUAACUUCAACAGUUUGUACACAGCUCUGUGUGAGCAGCAGCGCUCAGACCAGGCCACGCUGCUGCUUUACACCCUGCUGCAUCAGAACGCCAACAUGAGGACCUACAUCCUCUCCAGGACGGACAUGGACAACCUGGUUUUGCCGAUCCUUGAAAUCCUUUACAGCGUGGAGGAAAGAAACUCUCAUCACGUCUACAUGGCACUGAUCAUUCUCCUCAUCUUGACGGAGGACGACGCUUUUAACCGCUCCAUCCAUGAAGUGGUGCUGAAGAGUGUCCCGUGGUACACAGAAAGAUCGCUGACAGAGAUAUCUCUCGGGAGUCUUCUCAUCUUAGUCGUUAUUCGCACGAUUCAGUUUAAUAUGACGCGGACAAGGGAUAAGUACCUUCAUACCAACUGCCUGGCUGCACUGGCAAACAUGUCGGCCCAGUUUCGAUGUCUGCACCAGUACGCUUCUCAGAGAAUCAUCAGCCUGUUUGCUCUGCUGUCGAAAAAGCACAACAAAGUAUUGGAGCAGGCCACGCAGUCUCUUCGGGUCAGACAGGGAGACAACACCGCGCUGCCGGACUAUGCUCAGGAUCUCAACGUCAUAGAGGAAGUGAUCCGCAUGAUGCUAGAAAUCAUCAACUCGUGUCUGUGCAACUCUCUGCACCACAACCCUAACCUGGUGUACGCUCUGCUCUACAAGAGGGAGAUGUUCGAGCAGUUUCGGACGCACCCUUCCUUUCAGGACAUCAUGCAGAACCUGGACACGGUGAGUUCUAUCGCAUUGGUUUUUUGUUAG